UUGACACUUUCUUUAUAAGUGUAUAAUAUGUCCGUGCGAUCCAUUCGCAUAUUAAGAUUAUUGACUCCACUCUCAGCAAUAUCAUCGACAGUAUCGACAGCAAUAGCAUUAUUAACCAAUGAAUGGUUGCAUUCAAUUGAAUACAUGUCAAACAAAGACUACCAGAAGUUUUCAAUGCCUCCAGAGAUGGAAUACCACCAGAAGAUCACUGUAUCCGGUCUCUGGCAACUCUGUCAUAACGACCCUCCAUUGAAAUUAAUGCAUUGUUUUAUAAUCGAUUACUUUUCUAAAGAAGAUUACAGUCCCGAUCCAACCGACUCAACGAUGGCCAUCCCCUAUGCGGCAAAAAGGGCGGCAAUAUUUUUGAUGACCAGUUGUCUAAUUCUGCUAAUCGGACAACUCUUAUGCUUUUUGGGUCACGUUUGCACCCGAAGAAGAGUCUUCACAUUUGCCACUGGUAUUGCUUUUAUUAUAGCAGGUUUGUUAAUAUUAGCGGCAAUGGUUAUAUACAUUUCAACAUUUAAGGCUGAAGUCGGCAAUAAAUUGAGACCAAAGUCCACAUUUCAAGAUCCGAUGUUUAAGUAUCGAUACGGGUAUUCAUUUUUAUUUGCCGUUUGUGGUCUAAUACUCUGUGAAAUUACGGGAACUUUCGCUAUAUUUCUGUACAUACGAUUACAUCAAUUUAAGUAUAAAAUUGAAUACGAAAGGGAACAGAUAGUUGACUAUUUGCCAUCACCUCUGCCACAAACAGAAGCCAAUGCUAUGGCUUAUUGCAAACGACACGGUAGUCGAGGUCGGAGAUACAGCCGAACCCGAGAGUUGUCUCGUGAAACAUCACCCAAUCCUCAACAGAUAAAAACUUCAAGACAUGGAAGUCUUAAUGUCCCAAAUCUAGCUAUUACUGACUCAAUGAGAGAUUUAACUUAUUUUAAUUUUCCUCCCUUUUCGAGGGAAACCACUUGUAAUACAGUUUCCACUUCUGUUGAUAUAAUGCGAGACUAUUCGCAUGAAUUUCUGUCUCAAAGAAAAGAUAAUGUGAUUCGUGACCACAAUAAGGAUUAUCCUCGAGAACUACUACCGAGAAAAGAGUUCUUCAUUGAAACACUUCGGCGAACAACACCCGUAUGA